CAUUUAUUCAUUCAACAUUUGAACAAGAAGAAGGCCUAGUCUAACUAUGCUGAACUCUGAAUAUACAAGAAAUAAGACACCAUUUCUGGCUUUGGGGAGCUCAUCCUAUAGUCUGAAAGCAUGGAUAGAAGUAAACAAAGCAGUACGAAGUGUGACAAGCCUUCCUUACUGGGCCAUUGUGUGCAGUAUGGACAGGAUCCUGAGUAUAUUGUUAUUCUCAGUCUUUACUGUGGACAAAAACCAUUUAAAGUGCUUCAGAAAAAUAUAGACUCUUAUCCUUCAGAUUCUGCUUCUUCGGAUGUGAAUACAUUUACAGAAUGUCUCAGUACUGGAUUGGAGAUAUCACCAUGUGGUACAUGCAGCAGUGGCCUCACUGAAAAGAAAAUGGAAAUAGAUUCAAAACUUAGGGAUCUGCCUGAUUGGAAGCAAUGUUGAUUCAUUAUUUUGAAAUUGUUAUUGAAAAUAGUUGUAUUGUAGGAAUUUUUAUCCUGGAAGACAAGACUAAAAAAUGGUUUUAAAACAAAUGAUAUAUAUGAAGACUAAAAGACAUUUUGCUUUAUUGGCUGUAAAAGGAAACAUCAAAACAUUUUCACUUAAUAUUUUUUUUGGUAUUUAGUAGAUAUUUUCAUUGCUAAUAAACAACGUUAUAGCUACAGAGGAAAUUUAAAACUGUUCAACUUUCCACAUGGAAAUGAUGUCCAUCCUGAAGGAGAGUAUAUAUUCUCGGAAAAUAUGGACAGAAAAAAAUUAGAGAAAUACAAGAAAAAGAAGCUGCAGAAUACAUUGCCCAAGCUCGACGACAGUACCAUUUUGAAAGUAACCAGAGGACUUGCAAUAUGACAGUGCUGUCCAUGCUGCCAACACUGAGAGAGGCCUUAAUGCAGCAACUGAAUUCUGAGAGUCUAACAGCUUUGUUGAAAAACAGGCCUUCAAACAAGCUGGAAAUAUGGGAAGAUCUAAAGAUAAUAAGUUUCACAAGAAGUAUUGUAGCUGUCUAUAGCACGUGUAUGCUGGUGGUUCUUUUGCGAGUCCAGUUAAACAUAAUUGGUGGAUAUAUUUACCUGGAUAAUGCAACAGUUGGCAAAAAUGGCACUACUGUUCUUGCUCCCCCAGAUGUACAGCAGCAGUAUCUAUCAAGUAUUCAGCACCUCCUUGGAGAUGGCCUGACAGAAUUGGUCACUGUCAUUAAACAUGCUGUACAGAGGAUUUUAGGAAGUAUUUCUCUUAAACAAUCUUUGUCCCUUUUGGACUUGGAGCAAAAACUAAAAGAAAUCAGAAUUCUUGUUGAACAGCAUAGGUCUUCUUCUUGGACUAACAAAGAUGUAUCCAAGUCUUCACUGUGCCAAUACAUGAUGCCAGAUGAGGAAACACCAUUAGCAGCUCAGGCUUAUGGGCUUUCUCCCAGAGAUAUUACCACUAUUAAACUUCUCAAUGAGACAAGAGACAUGCUGGAAAGUCCAGAUUUUAGUACAGUUUUGAAUACCUGUUUAAACAGAGGCUUCAGUCGGCUUUUAGACAACAUGGCAGAAUUCUUUCGGCCCACUGAACAGGACCUACAACAUGGAAACUCCAUAAACAGUCUGUCCAGUGUCAGCCUGCCUUUAGCUAAGAUAAUUCCCAUAGUAAACGGACAGAUCCAUUCAGUUUGCAGUGAAACACCUAGUCAUUUUGUGCAGGAUCUGUUGAUGAUGGAGCAAGUGAAAGACUUUGCUGCUAAUGUGUAUGAAGCAUUUAGUACUCCCCAACAACUGGAGAAAUGAUUUGUUUUCUUACAAGAAAAACCACAGCAGGAGUCAUCUACAUUAAAAUGUACUCUGAAUAAAUCAUCUAUACCUAAAGUGACAAUUUGCAACCAAAAUGCCUAAUAAAAUAAAUAUAUUCUUAAGCAAAGCCUUCAUUUCAUAAUGAAGUAGAUUAAUUUGGCACCUUACUGUAUUUUUAAUUCAUCAGCAGCUUACUUCAGCAGGUGUAUCUCGCUGGUGUACAGAUUACUUCAGGAUCACUCAUGACCUGGAUAGCUGAUAAAACCAAGCAUAUAUUUUUAUGCAUACACAUAUGGGAUGUGGUGUCCUUUCACACAUAUAAUGAUGGAAAAUCUCUGUUGAGAAGUAGAUCUAGGAUGUGUGGACUCUGAAGUUUCCUGGACCCUGAAGUAGAGAAGAGCAAGCCGGAUUCUCUUCAGUCACCCUUUGAAGGAACACGUGAUUUGUCUCACACAUACCUUGACAGAGGGCUUCUAGAAAUCAGUGAAUUUUAACACCUAUGAUCAACUUUCUUUUUCUUUGCUAUUUUCUCUUCAAUAUUUAUUUGCAGCAUUUUCUAAAGCUUUGUUAGCAACCCUCAGAAAGUUACAUAUAGAUUUACAGGUUAAUGUUAUGUUGAUGCUGUUUACUCACAAUUAUUAAUAAUUACAAAGUUUUAUUCAUUUGUCUAUAAAUAACUUUAAUAACUUUGUAUUGAUUUUGAGCAUAACUUGUUGCAAUAAACUAUUUUAAUAAAAUAUAGUUUUGUUUAAUUAA